CGAAACACACACACACGCAGACACACACACAAACACACAUGCAUGUACGCACGCACGCACGAACACAGGAACUCAUACAUCCAGGUAUACACACUCAUACGUGCAAACAGCCUGCAACAAAAUAUUAAAGCAAGCACGUGCGUGCAGAAGCGCACAUAUACACGCGUACACACAGAUACACAGACGCACGCAUACAGAACACACCGCAUGCAGGACAUUCGCAGUCACAUUAGCAGUCGUAUAAGCAGCGACGCACAUACACAGGCAAAAGCGUACACACAUUGAGAAACGUCACAUACUUAUCCACACCUACACACAAACCUGCACACACACACACACACACAUAGGCACAUACAUAUGAACAUAUGCAGACAUCCAUACACAGAGUAAACCGUACGAGCUUCGGUACGCUUCUGCAACUGGACUAUUCAUAUGUUUGAAGUGGUGUCUCUCUCGCUGUCGCUCUGUAUACAUGUGAAGGCACGGCUGCUUAAUGCUAUUGAAGUGACGCGAGCGCAAUGGAAUCGGUCAAAGAACUACGUGACUGGUUUGUGAGUAAAUGCAAAGUUACCGUCGCUGCCAAUCUGAUAACAGGUGGUUGUAGUGGACAGGACAGCCAGGCGAAAUAUGGGGGUACGUUGGUUACACCCAGUUCAAUACCGCAGUUUAUUAUUCCUUGUUCAGGAGAUGUCUCCCGUCAGUCGAGCGAAGAGAAGUUUUCGCAAGAAGAUGAUGUACGGAGUCAAACCAGCGAAAGCAGUGCUCCGUACUCCGAUCGAAUCAGUCCGGCUGUUUCUCUUAGUGGUUCGUAUUCCUGCUUAACUUUACCAAAAAGCCCCAUGAUGAUUCGGUCAGCGCCUGUAAGUCCUCGCCAAGAACACAGGCCGCGAAUCGGUGGACGUAACGACAGACAUUCUUUAACAAGUAUCGACACAUUAAGAGAUGAAGGUUCCGAACAGCAUAGUUACGCCGCUUCCAGCCAUUCGACCUAUUCGCUACCGAGAAGAUCUGUGGAUGUGUUGGUGCCACAUGCGGCGCAGUCGCUUUUUGUUACUAACACGAUGGCAUCUAUGUCUUCUAGUUUACUACGCGCUACAGAUGGAUGUAGUCGAUGGGUCGAUGAAACUGCCGCGGCUUUCGGUGGAGGUGCAUCAUAUUCUUAUAACAGAGGCGGCUACGAUAUCAGCUGUAAUAGUGUUGGCAGUGGCGGUGGCGGUGGUGGCGGUGGUGGUAGUGGCGGAGGUGGCAUAAGCAGCGGUAGUGGUGCUGGUUCUGGAAUUGGUGUCGGGGGCGGUGCAGCGAUCGGUAGCAGUAAUAGCUGUUCUGUUCCAUACAACGGACGGUACAACAGAUCUUCUAAAGCCAGUGCGGGGCAGCUAUCUUUACCUCUUGAUAAAAACUCACCAUCUUUGUCCGUACAUUCCACUUCAGGCUACACAAGAAUGGAUAAACGCCCUGUAAUCUCAGUAUCGUCUCCUGUGGUAAGUAAAGACGAACGAGGAAGUAUGGAAUUCCAAGAAAAUGGCAGAGAUGAUGCCACGCCCGGAGCCAUGAGUCCUCAUAAAAACAAAAUACGUGGUCACAGUUAUCAUAGGCGUCGAUCUUCCUUGUCUGAUUUGAACGUGGAUAGUGCUAAAUACUUAUCGGAUUUAGCAGGACAAGUACCAGGAUAUAAAUCUGCCGGACCUUCUCCGACCCCUAGAAGGAAAUACCACAAAUGUACUUCGCCCUUAAUGGAACACAAAACUUUCAACACAUUAACACCGUCAUCUCCUUCUUCCCCAGGUUCAUCUUCUGGAACCCGGUUCGAACUGAAAUCUGAUAGCUCUCUUACAGGAAAGCGGUCAAUUUCUCAACUUCAAGCGCACCUUGUCGCAGAGUUCGGGGAAUUAAAGUUCUCUUUCCAGUACCUGCCAGAACAGAGACAGUUCAAAGUACUUUUAAUUCGUGCCGAAAACCUCGGAGGAAACAAAAGCGACAACCAAAUUAACGCGUUUGCUAAAAUAAGCCUUAGGCCAGGCAAACAACAAAAAAAGGUUACUGACGUGUUUAAGCAUUCCAAGAACCCAAUUUUUAAUAAAGAAUACAUAUUUUCAAACAUUGAAACUAAGGAUUUCGCUAAAAUGCAUCUUAAAAUAAAAUUAGUAAAUAGACAAAAGAAUCUUGUCCCGGAAUUUUUAGGUGAAACAUGUGUCCAUCUGUCAGAUUAUAAUUUAUUGGUUGAAAAUAGAAUGUGAAAGAUCUUGGCCCAAAAGUAGCG